AUGGAAGGAAUCGAGACGAACGGUAUCUCUGUGCCUCCUCCUGCCCCUCCCCCAGACUCUUUCGAGCGACCGCCAUCACCACCUCCGCCGCCUCCUGAGGACUUGGGUGCUCCUCCUCCGCCUCCGGAUGCUGCUCUUCCACCUCCGCCGCCCCCGGAUGCACCGCCGGCGCCCCCGGCAGAGCCCUUGAAGAAGAAAUCCGGAUGGGGAACGAAGAAGCCAAGUGCGGCUCCGCUGAGUGUCGAGGAGCUCAUCAAGAAGAAGAAGGAUGCUGAUGCUGCGGCCGCCAAGCCGAAAUUCUUGUCCAAAGCAGAACGUGAGAAACUCGCACUUGAGAAACGAGCCAAGGAAGUGGAAGCUGAACGACAAGCUAAGGCGAAUUCCAACGGAGCCUCACAAAACGGUAUCCCGCACGAGUCACGCCCAACGAGAAAUGGAGAAUCGGAUUACAAUCGCAGAGAUAUGGGUGGCCGAGUGCCUACUGGGCCCCGUGCCAUGCGUAACGACAUCCCUACGGGGCCAGCUGCGUCGCGAAAUGAACAAGGAUCUCGAAACAAGAGGGAUAUGGACCCGCCACCUCACUCACGAUCGAAGAACGCCAAGGGCGAAAAGCGACCUCCAACAGAAGAAGAUGAGGCUGCAGCGCAGGCUGCGCUACUGAAACAGCGAUACGUAGGGACCGAACAGGUGUCGAGCUUCUCAGCGAAGAAGAAGCGCAAGCGCACCACCGACCGCAAGUUCAACUUUGAAUGGAACGCCGAAGAAGACACAAGCGGAGACUACAAUCCGUUGUAUCAGAGCAGGCACGAGGCGAACUUCUACGGACGUGGACGGCUUGCCGGAUUUGGAGAGGACGUCGCGGACAGUAUGGCGCGCAAGUACGCGCAAGCGCUGGAGACACGCGACCACGAAUCGGGAAGCUUACGUGCCAAAGAGAUUUUGGAGAUGGAGCGUCGCCGACGUGAAGAGAGCACGCGAAACCAGCUAGACAAGCACUGGAGCGAGAAACGACUAGAACAUAUGCGCGAGCGCGACUGGCGAAUCUUCAAGGAAGAUUUCAACAUUUCCACAAAGGGUGGCAGUGUGCCAAAUCCCAUGCGUUCAUGGGAGGAGAGUCAAUUACCGAAGCGCUUACUGGAGCUCAUCGAUCGGGUGGGUUACAAAGAGCCCACUCCCAUUCAGCGUGCUGCUAUCCCAAUCGCACUUCAGUCGCGAGAUCUCAUUGGUGUUGCUGUGACUGGUUCCGGUAAAACGGCCUCUUUCCUCCUCCCCCUUCUUGUCUACAUUUCCGAGCUCCCGCGCUUGGACGAAUUCGAAUGGCGCAAAAACGACGGUCCCUACGCCAUCGUCUUGGCUCCGACUCGUGAAUUGGCCCAGCAGAUCGAGAUCGAAGCCAAGAAAUUCACCCAACCUCUCGGUUUUAACGUUGUCAGUAUCGUUGGAGGUCACUCUAUCGAAGAGCAGGCGUUCAGUCUUCGUGAUGGUGCAGAGAUCAUCAUCGCCACGCCAGGUCGUCUCGUCGACUGUAUUGAGCGCCGCAUGCUUGUGCUGAGCCAAUGCUGCUACGUGAUUAUGGAUGAAGCCGAUCGUAUGAUUGAUCUCGGUUUUGAAGAACCUGUCAAUAAGAUUCUCGAUGCUCUCCCGGUCACCAACGAGAAGCCCGACACGGAAGAGGCUGAGAACCCGCGUGCGAUGCAACAACAUCUCGGCGGCAGGGACCGAUACCGCCAGACAAUGAUGUACACAGCCACCAUGCCGGCUGCGGUCGAACGCAUUGCGCGCAAAUACCUCCGCCGUCCGGCAAUCAUCACCAUUGGUGGUGUCGGCGAAGCCGUCGAUACAGUCGAGCAGCGAGUCGAGAUGAUCUCCGGCGAAGACAAGCGAAAAAAGCGUCUUGCCGAGAUCCUCUCCUCGGGCGAUUUCCGACCCCCGAUCAUUGUCUUCGUCAACAUCAAGCGAAACUGUGACGCGAUCGCACGUGAAAUCAAACAAAUGGGCUUCUCAUCUGUCACACUGCACGGUUCCAAGACCCAAGACCAACGUGAAGCUGCGCUUGCAUCGGUCCGGAAUGGCACCACAGACGUCCUGGUCGCCACAGACCUCGCUGGUAGAGGUAUUGAUGUUCCAGACGUCUCACUGGUGAUCAACUUCAACAUGGCCACCUCUAUCGAGAGCUACACUCAUCGUAUCGGUCGUACCGGUCGUGCCGGUAAGAGUGGUGUUGCCAUCACCUUUUUGGGUAGCGAAGACUCCGAUGUCAUGUAUGAUCUCAAGCAAAUGCUCAUCAAAUCGCCCAUCUCACGAGUUCCGGAGGAAUUGCGCAAGCACGAGGCGGCUCAAUCGAAAUCGACGCGUGGCCAAGGCAAGAAAAUUGAGGAUAGUUCUGGAUUUGGUGGAAAAGGCGGGUGGGCGUAA